AUAAGCAACUCGCGAACUCGCAGAGAGACAUAUGAAGAUGAGAUCUUUAACAUCGAGGUUCUGUUGGGUGUGGACUGCUCUGUGGUGAUGUUUCAUGGCAGAGAGCACAUCCAGAAGUACCUCCUGACCCUCAUGAACAUUGUGAAUGAAAUUUAUCAGGACAGCUCCCUGGGUGCCCAUAUUAAUGUUGUCCUGGUUAGAAUCAUGAUGCUGUGCUCCUCCAAGUCCAUGGGUUUGAUUGAGCUGGGCAACGCUUCUCAGAGUCUGGAGAAUGUCUGCCGCUGGGCCUACCUACAGCAAAAAGAGGACAAGAAUGAUUCAGAAUACCACGAUCAUGCCAUUUUCCUCACCAGACAAGAGUUUGGGCCUACUGGCAUGCAAGGUUAUGCUCCUGUGACAGGAAUGUGUCACCCUGUGAGAAGUUGCACUCUGAACCAUGAGGAUGGCUUCUCGUCUGCUUUUGUUGUGGCCCAUGAGACAGGACAUGUGUGAGAAUCUGCUUUUGUUGUGGCCCAUGAGACAGGACAUGUGUGUGAUUUUGUAUCCAAAAUGGGCAGUAUAAUGGCUCCUCUGGUACAAGCAGCCUUCCAUCGCUUUCAUUGGUCCCGAUGCAGUCAACAGGAGCUCAGGCGAUACCUCAAUACAUAUGACUGUCUCCGUGACGACCCCUUUGAUCAUGAGUGGCCCAGUCUGCCCCAGCUGCCUGGUCUGCAUUACUCUAUGAACGACCAGUGCCGCUUUGACUUCGGCAUGGGCUACAUGAUGUGCACUGCGUACAGCACCUACGAUCCUUGCAAGCAGCUGUGGUGCAGCCACCCCGAGAACCCUUUCUUCUGCAAGACCAAGAAGGGCCCUCCUAUCGAUGGGACCAAGUGUGCAACAGGAAAGCACUGUUUUAAGGGUCACUGUAUCAAGCUGACGCCAGACAUUCUUAGGCAGGAUGGCCACUGGGGUCAGUGGACCAAGUUUGGCUCCUGUUCUCGUACCUGUGGUGGUGGAGUACAGUUCCGAACUCGAGAGUGUAACAACCCAAUUCCCUCCCCCCCCCAAACGGGGGGCGCACUUGUUAUGGAAACAACUAGAGUUUUCCAGAUCUGUAACAUGGAAAAAGAGUGCGACCCAAAGGCCCUAGCUGACUUUAGAGAGGAGCAGUGCAAGAUGUGGAACCCUCACUUUGAGCAUGAGGGCACCAAACACCAUUGGCUGCCCUACGAGCACCUGAAAGUUGAACAGAGAUGUCAACUAUACUGCCAGUCAAACACACAUUGUUCCUACAAAGACCCUUACAGCGUGUGUGUGCGUGGGGAGUGUGAGAAAGUGGGCUGUGACAAUGUUAUAGCCUCGGAGCUAGAGGAAGAUAAGUGUGGUGUGUGUGGAGGAGACAACUCUACCUGCAAGAUUGUCAAAGGAAAUUUUACCCGCAGCACAAGGAAACCAGGUUUUCUAAAGAUCCUGGAGAUUCCUAGAGGAGCACGCCACAUACAGAUCCGUGAAUUCAAAGGAACUCCACAUAUUCUAGCGGUAAAGAACCAGGCCACAGAUCAUAUCUUCAUGAACGGCGAGGAUGAUUUUCCUGAGUCACGUACAGUAAUUGAGAAAGGUGUGGCGUGGGAGUAUACUAACAAUGAUGACAUGGAGACGGUCCAGACCACCGGGCCACUGAAAUAUGGAGUUCUCAUUAUGGUCCAGUCUCAGAGCAUUUCUAAAGUCACGCUUUCAUACAAAUACAUCCUGCCAGAAGAUCCGCUCUCAUCAAUGGAGAACACCCUGCCUCAGGAUGACACAAUUUACUUCGAGUGGGCUCUCAGGAAGUGGUCGCACUGCUCAAAGCCAUGUGGCGGAGGGAAACAGUACACACGUUUUGGAUGCCGGAGGAAGUCGGAUGGCAAAAUGGUACACCGCACACUCUGUGCCAACAUACCCAAACCUCGCGCCAUCAGUCGAGCCUGCAACCAGAAGGAGUGCUCAGAACCAAUCUGGGUGACAGAAGAAUGGGAGGAGUGCAGUAAAUCAUGUGGUAAGACUGGUUCUCAGACUCGACCAGUGCGCUGUGUGAGACCUGAACUGGAAGGUUCAUACAAAGCCAUCAACGCUAAGUAUUGCAAUGAUGACCGGCCUGAAGGGCGACGACCCUGUAAUCGUCACCUAUGCCCUGCACAAUGGAGAACUGGACCUUGGUCUCAGUGCUCAGUGACCUGUGGAAAUGGGACUCGGGAGCGGCAGGUCAUGUGCAGCACCCAUGAUAAUGCCAUCGGCAUCUGUAUGGACACUAAGCCUGAGAGCAUCAAAUCAUGUCUGCUGGCACCGUGUCCAAAUGACAGAGGGAACUUCCUCAUCCAGUGGCUCUCCAGAGCAGACCCCGAGUUCCCAGCGCCCAAGAUCUCCUCAAGAUCCCGCUGUAAAGGAGACAAGUCUGUGUUCUGUCGGAUGGAAGUUCUCAGUAAGUACUGCUCCAACCUGGGCUACAGGCAGAUGUGCUGCAAGUCCUGCAAAGAGGGCAAUUACACCUCUAAAUUCAACCUGACUAGACCCUGGAUGUACACCACUGUCACCCCUACUAUAACUCCUACGGCAAUGGCUCCUGUUCGCAUGACACAGCUGUACAAGACCUCACAGAAGCCCGGCACAACAAUCACACCAUCAGUCAGCAGAUGGAGAAACAUCAGCACUGAGCCCAUAUCUUGGGGCUACACAACCACUGUGAAUCCGAUAACUCUAAAACCAGCAACCACAGUCCCUUUCACCACUGGUUCUGUCACUAUGCACACUAAGCAUCCCAGCAUACUCGACUACGAAGAGGAAGCCAGCACCCCCCUCUACGAGGAUGAAACCUGGAGCAACGUCUCAACCGAACACUUCUCAGAAUCUGAAUCGUCAGAGUUCAUCUCAUCGUCUGCAGAGCCUUGGCCAACAACUCCACAAUAUACAAGCACACCUGAGAAUAAAAACAUCGAGACAACUUUUCUGACAAUGCUACAACCUAACGUUACUGCAACAACAAGCCCUCCUGCCAUAAUCAGUCUCCAACAGUCAGAAGACAAGAAGGAGAAUAACUCCAUCGACGUGUCCUACAGGAUUGUCAAUCCGAACGAGGUCGCACUUAACCACUUUGUUCCCAGAAUGCGAGUGCCGUUCCGUGAGAAGACGCAUAAUAAAAGAAUUCAAGAGCUUCUUGCGGAGAAAAGACGACAGGACUCCCUGCUUCAAAGACUGAAACGAAAACCAGGAGACUGAUACAUUUCCUUUUCUUUAUCCCUGUGGUAUGUUGUGAGUAUAUUUUAAGUGGUUUUACGGCCUCUACACUCUUUCUUGGCAUUUGCAAUAUUUUUACAGGAAAUAACCUCAGAUCUCAGUCUUUCAUGUAGUAUCUGUUCAAGGCAUCUGAUCGGAUAGAAAAAUUACCCUAGUCAUUUUUUUUUUUUUUUUUU